AUGUUUGUACAGAAUGCUCCAUCGCUCCACGCUGCAGUAUCUUACACACCAAGACUCGACGGGGAUCAGCAGCAGCAGCAACAACAGCAACAGCAGCAACAACAGCAGCAACAGCACAGCCUGAGAGAGUGCUUGCGUUCCGUCUCACUGCAACAACACCUGCAGCUGGUGCAGCAGCAGCAACGGCAACAGCUGCAGCUGCAGCAGACGCAGACGCAGCUGCUGCUGCAGCAGACGCAGCUGCUGCAGCAGCAGACGCAGCAGCAGCUGCUGCAACAUGCAACUAGGACAAGGAGAUGGCAGCGUCAAUGCGGUUCGUCUCCUUCAAGGGGCUGGUUGCCCCACGGCAUGCAGCAGCAACAGCAGGUUCUCGUAAGUCGCCCGUUGCUGCUGCUGCAGCAGCUGCAGCAGCAGGUAGCUGCUGCUGCAGGGGCUCAGUUGGAAUGA